CUCCAUCUAUUUUCAGAAAUAGGUACUUUUGAGUGCUGGCGUUUUCACUGCAAAACCAGUGAUGAUAGUCUUUUAGCUAGGUUGCAAUUGUAAAUUAAUCGUUAGACAAAGCGGAAAAAGUCGCAGAAGUAUAUAUUUAUUCAUGUAAAAGUGCAAUAUAUCAAAAUAAUCUCGUGUGUAGCGGAAAAAUGCAUCUAGUUUCACUGUGUGUGUCGAAACGGAUGGUGAGCGAUGGCGAGAAUACGGUGAUAGAUUUUUGGUGUUGAAAAUUUGCCCUGUGUCAUUGUCGAUUUAGUUUUCAAUAACGUCUGAGAAAGACAAUAACAGUUUUGUUUCGACUUUUGUGUAUUACAAAAUUGAAAAAUCAACUAUUUUGAAGAAUAUUGUCGAGAAAUUAAAUUGUCAUCGACUGACCGGCUGAUAUUACACGAGGCUUGUAUGUAUAUGUUACUUCUGCCUACUGGUAUUCGUGACACGCCUCAGAAAAUAAAACUGAUUUUGUGAAUGGAAUUGUUCUUUUUUAUUAUUGUGUCAUUUUGGUGAUAAAGACGUUUUAAAAUUACGUAACUGUUGUGGAAUCUUGAAGUGUAUAAAGAAUGGCCUGAGUGUGAGCACUCUAUUGCCGUCAUGUGUGACGAAGGAAUGUUUGUUUAGGCUGUAGUAUUUUGUUGCGACUGUACUAGGAGUGCGCGUUCGUCUCGUCAAUUGGACCGGAUCAUGACACUAUCCGAAUCAAAACAAGCAUCGCAUUGAUCGCACUCGAUAUUGUCAUUUGGGACACUUUUAUAUAAGCAAAAUGUCUUCGGGAACGUUUGUGGAUAGAAUUGAUCCGUUCGCCAAGCGUUCGUUAAAGAAAAAAACCAAGAAAUCGCAAGGAUCCUCUCGCUACCGCAACACGCAAGACGUGGAACUUCAGGCGCUACCGCUUCUUAAAGAUGUUCCAAAUAGUGAGCAAGAAGAACUGUUUAUUCGUAAACUGCGGCAAUGCUGUGUGGCAUUUGACUUCAUGGAUCCUGUUGCUGAUCUCAAGGGCAAGGAGAUAAAACGUGCCACACUCAAUGAGCUUGUAGAGUACAUCACUGGUGGCCGUGGAGUGCUUACCGAGCCUGUGUAUCCGGAGAUUAUUAAAAUGAUAUCGGCCAAUCUGUUCCGCACUCUGCCGCCGAGUGAAAAUCCCGACUUCGACCCUGAAGAGGACGACCCGACCUUGGAGGCGUCGUGGCCGCAUCUCCAGCUCGUCUAUGAGUUCUUCCUACGCUUCCUCGAGUCGACCGACUUCCAGCCCACCAUCGGCAAGAAGGUUAUUGACCAGAAAUUUGUUUUGCAGCUUUUAGACUUAUUCGACUCGGAGGAUCCUCGUGAACGCGACUUUCUGAAAACUGUCCUCCAUCGCAUUUACGGCAAGUUCUUGGGACUGCGAGCCUUCAUACGGAAACAAAUCAAUAAUAUUUUCCUACGAUUUGUAUAUGAAACUGAACAUUUCAACGGUGUCGGAGAGCUCUUAGAAAUAUUGGGAAGCAUAAUCAAUGGGUUCGCUCUGCCACUGAAGAGCGAACACAAGCAGUUCCUGGUGAAGGUGCUGCUGCCUCUGCACAAGGUGAAGUGCCUGUCGCUGUAUCACGCGCAGCUGGCCUACUGCGUGGUGCAGUUCCUCGAGAAGGAUGCUACACUCACUGAGCCUGUAGUGCGCGGACUGCUCAAAUUCUGGCCCAAGACCUGCUCCCAAAAAGAGGUUAUGUUCUUGGGCGAGAUAGAAGAGGUAUUGGAUGUGAUUGAGCCAGCUCAGUUUGCCAAAAUACAAGAGCCAUUAUUUAGACAAAUUGCAAAAUGUGUGUCCAGUCCACAUUUUCAGGUGGCAGAGCGGGCUCUGUACUUCUGGAACAACGAAUACAUUCUGUCGCUGAUGGAGGAGAACAACCAGGUGAUAAUGCCGAUCAUGUUCCCGGCGCUGUAUCGCAUCAGCAAGGAGCACUGGAACCAAACGAUUGUGGCGCUCGUCUACAACGUGCUCAAGACCUUUAUGGAGAUGAACUCCAAGCUGUUUGACGAGCUCACGGCUAGCUACAAAGCUGAACGACAAAAAGAGAAGAAGCGCGAGAAGGAGCGCGACGAGCUGUGGAAGAAGCUGGGCGAGCUGGAGAUCAGCAGCAAGCGGCAGGCGGGGGGUGCGGUGGGUGCGGUGGGUGUGGGGGGUGCGGUGGGAGCGGGGGGCGCGGUGGGCAAGUGA